AUGUCCACGAAGUACCAGGUGUCGGACAUUCCGGCGGCGUGGAUUGAGCGGGCCAAUCAGUGCCACGGCCAGUCGGAGUACUUUCGCUACCCCAAGCCGAACAAUUUUAUCGCCACCCGCUUUGACCUCCUUCGAGACACCCUACCGCCAAGUGCUCCCGAGCGACGGGCGGAGGAGUACCCGAUGGUGGUGCAGCAGACGGACCGCCUCACCGUCUGGUACAAACCGGACUUUAAGUUCAACCUGCCAAAAGCCGCCAUACAGCUGCACAUUCUCAACCCCUGCUUUGACGGCUCACUGCAGGAGUUGACGCUGGCUGAUGUCUUCUUUGAGUAUGUCAUUUACAAGCUGAAGGAGGACACGUACGACGCCCUCGCCGCCGAGCUCAACUGGACGCUCCAGCAGACGUACAAUGGAAUUUCCAUCAUCACCGGCGGCUUCAACCACAAACUGGCCGACCUGGUCAUUUUAAUUCUCAAGCGCCUGAAGACGAUCGACUUUGAGCCGACCAUCCUCGAGUCGAUGAAGGUGGAGGUGGCGAAGCACUACAACAACGCCUUCCAGGAUCAGGAGACUUUCAACACUAAUCUGCGCCUGCUCACCCUGCUGGACCGCUCCUACAGCUACCUCCAACGGUGGCCACUGAUUGGGGCGAUUGACAGGGCGCAGAUGGAGCAGUACAAGGCAAAGGUGCUCUCCAACCUGUCCGUCGAGCUGCUGGUGCAGGGCAACUUUAGCCAUGAGGAGACGAUUCAGCUGGGCAAACGAGUUGAGGAGAUUCUUCAGCUACCAUGCCCUGCGGCCCAGAGCGGCGGCCCUCCCUACCCGCGACAGAAGACACUGGUCCGGGAGCUGCCGGUCGGUGUCAGUCGCCUUCGCGCCCUGACGCUGUCGGAGAAGAACGCCAUGUCACUGGUGAUCUGCUACUUUCAGCUGAUGCCCUACACCCUGGAGGCCUCCAUCUACCUGUCGCUCUUUAUCGAACUCAUUGACGAGCUGUGCUUCAACACACUGCGAACCAUAGAGGGACUGGGCUAUCGGGUGGGCUGCGGCGAGAACGACACCUCGGGCAUACUGGGCUUCAAUGUGCAGGUGGCCAGCAAUGCCAACAAGUUUCAGUGCUCCUUCAUGGAGGAGCGCAUCAUGGCCUUUGUGGACACCUCCUGUCGGGAGCACCUGGCGACGCUCAGUCAGGCCAAGUUUGAGGAGUUUGUCUCGUCGGCGCUGAAACGCCGCCAGGCGCCCGACGUCAGCCUCGGCAAGGAGGUGAAGCGCAACAUGGAUGAGAUCUGCUCCUUUGACUACUGCUUCGAUCGGCUCAAGAGGGAAAUUGCACAGCUGAAGAAGAUCACGCUGGAAGGACUCCAGCAGUGGACGGCAAAGCACAUCUUUGUGCCUGCCAGUGAACGCAAACAGCUGACAGUUCAGGUAGUCGGCAAUGGAGAGGUGUCACUGGCGGAGUGCACCACGGCGGACGGAUCGGCAGUCAGCGAGUCGAUGAUUCCGCGGGAGAAUUCGCAGGGUCAGUGCAAGCCACUGCUGCUGCUGCAGGCCAAAGAAAACAAGAACUUCAUCAUGGAUGUGGAGGCCUUCAGGAAGCAGUUAAAGUUUUAUCCACCACAGCCUUCGGUGAAGGAUCUCAAGUGA